AUUUAAAUACCGCAAGAUUCGAGCACAACGCACGCUUGGCAAUGGAUUGUACUAACGUGGGUCAAAUAGCUGGUCUUCGAUAUGGAUUCUACAGUCCUGAUGAAAUCAGAAGGUUGUCAGUUCGCAAGGUAACAAAUGACAUGGCUUUCGACAAAUUUACUGGUCGUGGGGUAGAUGGAGGGCUUCAUGACGUAAAUUUCGGAGUCAUUGGCUACAGCGAGACCUGUGCACACUGCAGCAUGGAUUUUGCAGAUUGUCCGGGUCAUUGUGGUCAUAUCGAGUUUUCGAAACCAGUAUUCAACCCUUUCAUGUUUGAUGUGUUGUACAAAAUUGUGAAGUCUUUCUGCUUUGGGUGCUUUCGCUUAUACAGUGCAGAGUAUCUUGCUUCAGCCUUAUAUCUACUUGGAGCACCAGUCAGUAAGCUUCCCGGCAAACUGAAAGCUCUUGAAAUUAAAGAGUUGGAAGGAUUAUCAGGCGAUGAUUUGCGCCAAGUGGCGAUUAGAAACUUAGCUACAAGACCUCGUGCCCCUUGCAAGUUGUGCGGUAGCGGGUCUUGGGGUCUAAGGCACAUUAGUAAACAACAGUUAGUUCUCCACCCAAUCUCUAUUGCUGGCGGUAACCGUUCAAAGGCAAAAAUGAAAGAGGAAUUGGAAGAAGAUUGUAGUGAUCUUCUUGAGGGCUGCAAAGUGGAAGACCAACGCAUGGAACAAAAGUUAUCUAUGUUUAUCGACAUGUCUGAUGGAAGUGAAGUUAGCAAAGCAGAAGCUGUUUACACGACAAACUUAUCCACUGCUCGCAAUAUGCUGUCUGAAGCAAUAAAAAGUCAACAACACUCCAAAGAAAUAUGUUUCCCGCCUGAGAUGAUCCGUAUAAUGCUGAGAUGUCUGUGGGCCCAUGACGGGGAUCUUUUAGUACUGUUAUUUCCUAUGCUUAAAGCCGCACGAUUAAACCACACGUUUCCUACAGACGUAUUUUUUAUGGAUAAUGUUCUGUUGUCUCCUUCUCUUUGUCGUUGGCCACGGCAUGUUGGGAAUUUGGUUUAUGAGCAUCCGGAGACUGCUGUUUAUGUCCGUAUUGUAAAACGAGCCCAAUGUUUACACAAUAUCGUAGAGUUUAUCCGUCAACGCAAUGAAGUGAGCAAUUCUGCUGAUGUAAAUAAACCUCCAGAACCAAAGUCCACAACUAGUGAUGGCGAUUUGAUUGAUGAUGCACAAUCAGAUGGUGCACUGAAACUUGCAACUGUGCUUCUCCAAGCAGCUGUUAAUGGAAUAUACGAUAUGAGUAUGGCAAUCACACCUCUAGGAUUAGAGUCCAGAAGUGGAAUCAGCAGUAACGCAGUUCGACUACCCGGUCUAAGACAACGUUUAGAAAGAAAAGAAGGUCUCUUCCGUAUGCACAUGAUGGGAAAACGUGUUAAUUUCGCAUGCCGUUCUGUUAUUAGUCCGGAUCCAAAUCUCAGUGUUACUGAGGUUGGAGUACCGUUAUUUUUCGCAUUCCGUCUAACAUUCCCAACACCAGUAACAAAAUUCAAUUUAGUCCAUUUACGUCAAUUAGUAAUGAAUGGACCAAAUAACUAUCCAGGAGCUACAAGUAUUCAAUUUUCAAAUGGUAUCAUUACUAUGCUGCCACCAAAUGAUACUCCACAGGCUAAAAAGAAACGUGAAAUGUUAGCUUUGCGGUUAAAACCACUUAUUUCGGGUAAAGAUAACAUACCUAUCAUUGUUAAUCGUCAUCUACUUGAUGGUGAUAUGCUUAUUAUGAACAGACAACCAACCCUUCAUCGGCCUUCAAUGCAAGCACAUCGUGUUCGAAUAAUAAAGUGCGCUGGAGCAAAAACCCUCCGAUUACACUAUUCAAAUUGUAAGGCUUACAAUGCAGAUUUCGAUGGGGAUGAAAUGAAUGGUCAUUUUGUUCAAAGUUAUGCAGCAAAAGCUGAACUUGAAACAUUAGCUUCUGUUCCACAUCAAUAUUUAGUACCUAAAGAUGGAACACCACUUGCUGGGCUUAUACAGGAUCAUGUUAUAGCAGCAGUUAAAUUAACAAUGCGUGAUCGGUUUUUCGAGCAUGCUGAUUAUUUGGAUCUUGUAUAUCAUGCUCUUCGACCUUUAUUCGAUAUAAACAGACAAACAUCUUCGGGCCCACCAUCUAUUAUCACAAUUAAACCUGCAAUAUGUUGGCCGAAAUGUCUUUGGACUGGGAAACAGGUUAUUUCAACACUGUUAAUAAAUCUCACACCUUCAGGUUUAUUACCACUAAAUGCUACCCUGUUAGGUCGACGAACUAAGGCUGAACUUUGGUCUGGAGUUGCUCCCGGUGAACCAACACCAUUAUCCGAUGUAGAUUUAGUUAUAUGUGAUGGUUAUCUUGCAUCUGGCAUGUUAGACAAAUCACAUAUCGGUUCAAGCAGUACAGGUUUGAUACAUUGCGUAUAUGAAGCAUAUGGUCCUGAAUCUGCUUCAUGUUUAUUAAAUGGGAUUAGUUUACUAGCCAAUAGGUUUUUAAAAUUCAUUGCCUUCACAAUGGGUUUGAAAGAUAUUUUACUUUCACAUAGAGCAGAUGAAGAAAGACAACGUCGUUUCAGUAAUCUUAAAGAUCUUGGCCUCUGUGCUUUUGCAGACACAUUCAGUUUAAAACCAGACGAACUAACCGAAUCUAAUGUAAAGCGUUUGUAUCGUCAAGCACAAUUCCCAUCAUCAACGGACCAGUCUUCUCAAAAGCGUCUUGCUCAGUUGGACAUGGCAAUUAAAGAUAGACUAAAAAGGGCGCAAGACGCAGUAUGUGACUCUGCAAUCCCAGGAGGCUUAUAUGUUGGUUUUCCAGAGAAUAAUUUACAACUCAUGGUUCAUGUCGGUGCUAAAGGUGGUAUGGUUAAUGCUCAACAAAUGUCUGUCGCUCUUGGUCAGAUUGAAUUAGAAGGUCGUCGUGUCCCACUAAUGCUAAGUGGCAAAACGCUACCUUCGUUUCCACCUUACGAUGUUCGCCCACGUGCUGGCGGUAUGUGUACUGCUCGAUUUCUCACUUCACUACCUGCACAAGAGUUGUUUUUCCACUCGAUGGCAGGUAGAGAUGGUCUUGUUGAUACAGCUGUAAAAACUAGUCGAUCAGGUUACUUACAGAGGUCAGCUAUUAAACAUUUAGAGGAUUUAAGCAUAAGUUACGAUGGAACAGUGAGAGAUUCAGGAUCUAAUAUAAUUCAAUUUCGAUAUGGAGACGAUGGAGUGGAUGUAUGUCAAGCUGGAUUUUUACAACCUAUUGGUUUACAUUUCUUUGCUGAUAAUGUAAAUCUAAUGAAGAUGCGUUGGCAUUCUGAUAAAAUCAAUACUGAUAAUCCAGCAUAUGCUCAUUUAUUUGAGAAAAACACACUUCCUAAACCUAUACAAAUAAUGGCUGACCAAGUUGGUGUUAAGAGACAGUGUAUCCUACAUAAAACUGUAUCAAAGCACAAACUUGUCAAACUUCUCAAUAGUAGUAAGAUGGCUCAUAAAGCAUUAAAAAUAAUGGAAAAGGAAGAGCAAGCACAUGGAAAAGAUAAGUUAAUGAGUGAAAUAAUUCAUGAACCACCAUGUGCUACAGCGGCUGAAUUAAGAGAUUUAUGUUUAGCCAAAAUUAUCAACGCUCAAGCACCACCUGGUGAUCCUGUAGGUUUAUUGGCUGCACAAUCAGUUGGUGAACCUUCUACUCAGAUGACAUUGAAUACUUUUCAUUUCGCUGGACGUGGUGAAAUGAAUGUAACUCUGGGAAUACCACGCUUACGAGAGAUUCUCAUGUCCGGAUCAUCCAAUAUAAGUACACCAUGCAUGGAAGUUCCUAUAUGGCCUACAAAAGAAGCUCAACAACUUAGUGAACAAAUAGCUAAGAAAUUUUAUAAACUGAAAUUAUCUGAGACUUUAAAAUUGCCUAUUGGUCAAAAAGUGAACUAUGUAUCCGAUUCGUGUACAUUUGAAUUUAAUUUACAACCAAAAUCAGUCUAUUCUGAUCAAAGUCAUGUAACACCUGUUCGUGUUUUACGUUUUCUUGAACGUAUUCUAUUCCCAGAUUUAGCUCAUCGUUUAAAUGAAGAAUUAAAGGAUCAAGGAAAAACUAGUCUUAUAAAAAGCUUUGCCUUAUCUGCUAUGGCUCGUCAACAGCAAGCUGGUCAAAAUAAAAACUCAGAAGAACCAGCUGAGGAUGCUGAUAUUGUAAAUCAACCAGGUAUUGGUCGUACUCGUGCACAAGACGAAUGGAAUGAAGAUGAUGGACAUGAAGCUAUCAGACGCCGGCGUCUCGAAGCAAAUGCUGAAGAGGAAGAUAUUCAUGGCGGUGAUAAUAAUCGUCGUAAAAAUGGAUCUGAUCUGGAUGAAUUGGUCGAUUUAGAUUUAGACGAUGAAUAUGAUGCUGAAGCAGCUGAACUACAUGAAAUUGGACAAGAUCGUGAGAAAGAUGAUGGUGACGAUGAACAACAAGACGAUAAUGGUAAAUGGCCUUGGAAUGAAUUAUCUCCAUCGAGUAAAUUAAAGAUGCUUCUUGGCAAUCCUUCAAGAUCUGAACAUAAAACAACUACUUCAAAAGGUACAAAUUCUGAUGAAUUUAUCCAAUGGACUGGUGAUCCUGAAUUAAAUCAGUCAGAUGUAGAUGAUGAACGGGAAUUAAUCCAAGUAAAUAUGGAACGAAAUGUAGAACAAGAGAAUGCUAUAAGUCAUGAUGAAGCUCGCAAACGAAUAACGUUUGUUACCAGCCUUCACGCUCGUUUUAGUGGUUACGAUUUCGACAGAAAAAAUUCGUCACCGAAAUGGGCACGUCUUACAAUUUGUAUGUUUGAUCCUAACGAAGGACGUAUAUCUAUUGACCUAGAAACUUUAAUUAUGCGCCUUAUUAAUCGAAGCGUUGUAUCCUCUGUAUCUGGCAUCGAAAAGACCAUUAUUGAUCGUUCAAAACCAAAUCAAUGGAUGUUCCGAGUUGAAGGUAUAAACAUGAUUGAGAUGAUGCGUUAUCCACAAGUGUUUGACUUGAGUCGACUCUAUACUAACAACAUCACUGUAAUGAAUGAAACAUACGGUAUUGAAGCUGCUCGGGCAGCACUUCAAAGAGAAGUAUCUGGAGUCUUUGGUCAUUAUGGGAUUCAUGUGAAUUCAAGGCAUUUAUCACUAAUUAGCGAUUAUCUUACAAAAUUUGGCGUUUAUCAGGCUUUUAAUAGACGUUCAAUGAGUUCACAUCCAUCAAUGCUUCAGCAAAUGACCUUCGAGACUGUUGCAAAUGUUUUAAAAAAUUCAUUACAAAAUGAUUCUAUGGACAACUUAGUUUCUCCUUCUGCAAGUUUAGUUACUGGUCGAAUAGUUCAUUAUGCUGGAACAAAUUGUUUUGAACUACUUCAAAAGUUGGCUUGUUAAAUAAAAUAUACAUUUUAUCGAUAAGAAAUCAAUAGAAUUUUAUGUGUACAGUCAUACCUUCAAUGAUUUCAUAUAUGUAUGUGUGUGUACAAAAUAUUUCCAAAAUAAUAAAAUAGUUCAUUAACCUAUAUGUUUAUCCCAGUUUGAAAUUGAUGUAAAUAUAAUACAUUAAAGUAAUUGCAAUCAUCUUUUAAUU